AUGGCAAAACUUAGCAAUCUAUCAAUAAAUAUCCCAUUGCUCGAGGCAAUCCAAGAGAUCCCGGGAUACACUAAGCUAAUGAAAAAGUUGAUGUCCAAGAAGAAACUUGUUGAUGUUGACACCAUUGAGGUGACUCAUGGGUGUAGUGCUAUCAUGAAUAGUACGGUUGCGGAAAAGAAAGAUGACCCCAGAGCAUUUACCAUCCCUUACACAAUCGGCAUGCAUGAUUUUGAAAAAGCUCUAUGUGACCUUAGUGCAAGCAUCAACUUAAUGCCUUUUGUCAUCUACAAGAAUCUCGGAUUGAAUACCCCUAUACCGACCCCUAUAAGACUUCUCAUGGCAGAUCAGUCCAUCAAAAGUCCAGUGGAAAUUUUUCUUGAUGCCCUUGUUAAAGUGGACAAGUUCAUACUCCUGGUGGAUUUUGUGGUGUUGAAUUAUGAAAUAGACCAAGAGGUACAUAUCAUUCUUGGUCACACUUUGUUAGCCACCGAGAGAGCCAUUGUCAAUCUACAAAUGGGGGAGAUAAAAUUUAGGGUGAAAGAGGAUGAAGUCUCUUUCAAAAUUUACAAGUCAAAGAAACAAACCGCGGAGCUUUAA